CUCUCUCUGAAUCCCCAUUUCAGCUCCGUUGCGAUACAUUAACAGACUACAAUAGAAACACAUAAUUAACCAAAAUGGCCGACUCGUCUUCGUCUUCAUCAUCAGCGCCGGCGACGGUGACGGCACCGUUCUGGACUACAAUGCUAUCGGGAAAAACGGACGCAGAUAAAGAGGAAAUGCUCGACCGGCAGCUGACUAGGCUCGCGCUCUGCGAUGACUCGAAGUUGCAAGACUUGCUCUCCAAGCUUCUCCCUCUCUCUAUCGCAUCGCUCUCCUCUUCUUGCACUCCUCUUCGCAACAAAGUAAUUGAGAUCCUAAGCCAUGUGAACAAAAGAGUGAAACACCAACCAGAUAUUGGUUUGCCCUUAUCAGAGUUAUGGCAGUUGUACGAGGAAUCUAGUGCAUUUUCAAUGGUCAGGAACUUUUGUAUUGUGUAUAUUGAGAUGGCAAUAGAACGUGCACGAAAAGAGGAAAAGGAAAACAUGACACCUACUCUUUUAACUAGCAUUUCAAAAGUCCCUACUCAGCAUCAAGAGAUACUAUUGAGAAUCAUUACAAAGGUAAUUGGCGAGUGCCAUUCAAGUCAUCUCAAUGAUGAAGUUGUUGCAAAAUAUAGGAAACUCGGUGGGUUGCAUGACAAUAAGAUCUUUCUUGAGUUUUGCCUUCACAUGAUUUUAUAUCAACCAAUUCUGCAGAGUGGGGCUUGCCCAGCUGGGUUAUCAAUUACUCAAUGCAACCGUGUGACUGGGAAACAACAAUUGACAAGUGAUACACUGCGUGCUAGAAAGAUAGGGAUCUUGAAUAUCGUUGAAGCUAUGGAAAUUGCUGCUGAACUUGUCUAUCCCCUAUACAUUGCUGCCUGUGCUGACAGUCAAGAAUCUGUUGUUAAGAAAGGGGAGGAGCUUUUGAAGAAGAAGACUUCUGGUGUGAACUUGGAUGAUGUGAACCUGAUAAACAAAUUAUUUUUGCUGUUUAAUGGUACCACAGGUUCUGAACAAAUUCCUCCAGAGUCUAAAGUCACCCCUGCAAAUGCAUCUUUGAGAGUGAGACUGAUGUCUGUUUUCUGCCGAUCAAUUUCAGCAGCAAACAGUUUCCCAUCAACAUUACAGUGCAUUUUUGGCUGCAUAUAUGGAAACAAUACCACCUCAAGGUUGAAGCAGUUGGGAAUGGAGUUUACAGUAUGGGUCUUUAAAUAUGCAACAAUGGACCAGUUGAAGCUUAUGGGCCCUGUUAUCUUGACAGGGAUUUAUAAAUCUCUCGAUGGCUAUUCAGCAUCAGAAUCAGAUGCUGUUGCUAGGGAUACCAAAGCUUUUGCCUUUCAAGCAGUUGGAUUGAUUGCACAGCGAAUGCCUCAACUCUUUAGAGAUAAAAUUGAUACAGCUGUCUGGCUUUUUGAUGCUCUGCAAUCAGAGGGUCAGUUUCUCCGUCUAACUAUUCAAGAAGCAACCAAUUCUCUUGUUGUUGCUUACAAGGAUGCACCAUCAAAUGUUUUAAAGAAUUUGGAGUCACUUCUGCUGAAAAGUUUUAAAGUGGAACAAAGUGAAGUGCGCUUUUGUGCAAUAAGAUGGGCAACAUUAUUAUUUGACAUGCAACAUUGUCCUAGCAGAUUUAUUUGUAUGCUUGGAGCAGCAGAUCCAAAAUUGGAUAUAAGGGAAAUUGCUUUGGAAGGAUUAUGUCUUGAUGAAGAUCAAAGGAAGGCUGUUAGCCAAAAUAGCAAUUUGCAUUACCCCAAACUUUCUGAUAUGCUAAACUAUAUAAUUGCACAGCACCCAGCAGUUCUGCAUUCCACUAGUGUUGGGGAGACAACGCUUCUCUUUCCUUCUAAAUCUUACGUUGCUAUGAUCAAGUUUUUGUUGAAGUGCUUUGUGGCAGAAGAGAAAGAAUAUGAUUUGCCGGAAGAUUCUGAAUAUCCAUGUUCAGUGGACCGAUUCUGUCUGCUGCUAGAGCAUGCAAUGGCAUAUGAAGGCUCUGUUGAGCUGCACGCUAAUGCCUCUAAUGCAUUAAUAACAAUUGCUUCCUCUAUUCCCCAAGUGAUAGCAACUCGCUAUGCAGACAAAGUGUCUUGGUUGAAGAAAUAUCUGGGCCAUAUUGACUUUGAUACACGUGAAUCUAUAUCACGCUUACUUGGAAUUGCUUCUUGUUCACUUCCUCUUGACACUUUAUCUAACCUUGUUCAAGAUUUGAUAUCCUCUGUUAGUGCAGCACCUAAGUUAAGGUUUGAGAUGGAACAUGGACUUCUGUGUGCUCUGGGAUAUAUUACUGCAAAUUGCAUGUCAAGAACACCUUGUAUUCCAGAGUCAUUGCUUCAAAGUGUACUUAAGUGUCUAACUGAUGUUGUUAACUUGGAGACUCCUUCAUUGGCUUCUAUAGCAAUGCAAGCACUAGGUCAUGUUGGACUUUCUGUUCCACUGCCUCCAUUGCUUCACGGAUCCGAUCCAGUUGCCAUAUUGACCACUUUGAAUACAAAAUUGAUCAAGCUUCUUGCCGGUGAUGAUAUUAAAGCUGUUCAAAGGAUUGUUAUAUCCUUGGGGCAUCUAUCUUUUAAGGAGAGUUCCUCUGCACAUUUAAAUAAUGCCCUUGAUCUGAUUUUUAGCCUUUGCCGCUCAAAGGUAGAAGAUAUCUUGUUUGCUGCUGGGGAAGCUCUUGCAUUUUUAUGGGGUGGUGUCCCUGUGACUGUUGAUAUGAUUCUUAAAACGAACUAUACUUCUCUUUCUAUGAGUUCAAAUUUUUUGAUGGGAAAUGUCCUUUCCUCGUUGCCAAGUUCUAUCAAUAUGGACUCUGACAAAAGUGAUGAUGAUGUUCGUGAUAUUGUUAGAGAUGCAAUUACCAGAAAGCUCUUUGAUGUUCUAUUAUACAGUAGCCGAAAGGAGGAGCGUUGUGCUGGAACUGUAUGGCUACUAUCACUGACAAUAUAUUGUGGCCACCAUCCAACUAUCCAGAAACUGCUUCCAAACAUCCAGGAGGCGUUUUCACACCUUCUAGCAGAGCAGAAUGAGCUCAUACAGGAGCUGGCAUCUCAAGGUCUUAGCAUUGUAUAUGAGAUUGGUGAUGCUUCUAUGAAGAAAAACUUAGUUGAUGCUCUUGUUGGUACCUUAACUGGCUCGGGGAAGAGGAAAAGAGCACUUAAGCUUGUUGAAGAUUCUGAAGUGUUUCAAGAAGGUUUGAUUGGUGAAAGUCCUACUGGCGGGAAGCUGAGUACUUAUAAGGAACUUUGUAAUUUGGCUAAUGAGAUGGGGCAGCCAGACUUGAUCUAUAAAUUCAUGGAUUUAGCUAAUUACCAAUCCUCUAUGCAUUCUAAAAGAGGUGCUGCUUUUGGGUUUUCUAAGAUAGCCAAAUAUGCAGGGGAUGCUCUACAACCAUACUUACAUUCUCUGAUUCCAAGACUUUUUCGCUACCAAUAUGAUCCUGAUAAAAAUGUGCAGGAUGCAAUGAUGCACAUCUGGAGAUCGCUGGUUGCAGAUUCAAAGAAGACUAUUGACGAACAUCUUGACCUUAUUAUUGAAGAUCUUUUGGUCCAGUGUGGAUCUAGACUUUGGCGUUCACGGGAGGCUUCUUGCCUUGCACUUUCAGAUAUAAUACAAGGGAGAAAAUUUGAUCAGGUUAAGAAGUAUUUGAGAAGAAUAUGGAGUGCUGCUUUUCGUGCCAUGGAUGACAUCAAGGAAUCGGUACGGAAUGCUGGUGAUAGAUUAUGCCGUGCUGUCACUUCAUUAACACAGAGAUUAUGCGAUGUCUCUCUCACUGAAAUCUUGGAUGCAAAACUAGCAAUGGAUAUUGUAUUGCCCUUGUUGAUUACAGAAGGUAUAAUGAGCAAAGUUGAAAACAUUCGCAAGGCCUCCAUUGGAGUGAUUACAAAGCUAGCAAAGAGUGCUGGUAUCUCACUCCGCCCGCAUUUGCCUGACCUGGUUUAUUGCAUGCUGGAAAGCUUAUCAAGCCUGGAAGACCAAGGACUGAACUAUGUUGAGUUACAUGCUGCAAAUGUUGGAAUACAAACACAGAAACUUGAAAACUUACGCAUAUCAAUAGCCAAAAGUUCUCCAAUGUGGGAAACACUUGAGCGUUGUAUAGAUAUUAUUGAUGCUCAUUCAUUGGAAUUAUUGAUUCCUCGUGUUUCUCAGCUGGUUCGCAUUGGUGUUGGCUUAAACACAAGGGUUGGUGUAGCGAGUUUCUUAAGCUUAUUGGUUCAGAAAGUUGGUCCUGAUAUCAAGCCAUUUAUACCCACGCUACUGAAGCUCCUAUUUCAUGCAGUUAAGGACGAAAAAAGUGCUACUGCAAAACGUGGGUUUGCAAGUGCUUGUGCAACAGUACUGAAAUAUGCUACUCCUACUCUGGCCCAGAAAUUAAUUGAGGAUACUGCUGCUUUGCAAAGUGGUGAUAGAAGUGCUCAGAUUUCAUGUGCAAUUCUUUUGAAAAGCUACUCAUCCAAUGCUGCAGAUAUUUUGAGUGGAUAUACUGCCAUAACUGUGCCUGUUAUUUUUAUUUCAAGAUUUGAGGAUGAUAAGACAGUUUCUGGUUUAUAUGAAGAAAUGUGGGAAGAGAAUAUGAAUAGUGAGCGAAUAACUCUUCAACUCUAUUUGGCUGAAGUUGUGAAUUUCGCAAGUGAAGGGAUUAUGUCAUCCUCAUGGUCAAGUAAAAGGAAGGCAGCCCUGGCAAUUAGGAAACUCUGUGAGGUCCUCGGUGACUCAGUGUCUUCACACCAUCAUAUGUUGCUCACAUCUCUUAUGAAGGAAAUUCCUGGCCGUUUAUGGGAGGGUAAAGAGGCCUUACUGUAUGCAUUAUCUUCUCUUUGUAAAUCAAGCCAUGAAGCAAUUUCUGCUGCUGAUCCUGAAACACCAACUGCCAUUUUGAAUCUUUUAUCUUCUGCAUGUACUAAAAAAGCAAACAAGUAUCGUGAAGCUGCCUUUGACUGUCUUGAGCAGGUUAUUAAAGCAUUUGGUAAUCUAGACUUCUUCAGCAAGGUUUUCCCCUUAUUACAUGAAAUGUGCUGCACAACUUCAACUGGUGAUGUUAAACCAGAUGAGGAAGAAAAUUGGUCCACAGGACAUGAUAAAAUUGUGAAUUGCAUUACUGCUGCCAUACAUGUAGCAAGGUUGAAUGAUAUCCUUGAACAGCAGAAGAACUUGUUAAAUGUUUUCUCAAUUUCACUUUCAGCUAGUGUUCCAUGGAUAGUUAAAAUCUCAGUUUUCACAUCAAUUAAAGAGCUCUGUUCAAGGCUUCGGGAUGCAAUUAACAACGCCCAAGAUUCUUCUCUUCAAGAAAGCAUUAUCUCUUUUGUUCAUGAGUUGUUCUUCGAGACAUCUUCCAAAGUGCUCGAGUGUAUACGAACAAUUAAAAUAGCCCAGGUCCAUAUAUCUGCAUCGGAGUGUCUUUUUGAAAUCAUAGAUCUGCUAGCGGGAGCUCCAGCAUUGCAGCUGAGAGAAAUUGGAUUUAGGUCUGAGCUUUUGCAAGUGGCUGAAAUGGAAAAAAAUGAGCAGGCAAAGUCUACGUUGAAGAAAUGUAUUGAUAUCCUAAAAACUCUGGAAGAAAAUGGAAGGAUAUCCGCUUGAAAGCUUUGAAAGUUUGAUUCCAUUCAGCUACACAGAUCACUAAUUGGUAAAAUUUCCAUUAAAAAUAUCUGAAAUGCCGAAAUUGUGCCAUGAGAUUUUAUAUGUAGCUGCACAUGCACUAGGUAAAACGUUUGACGUAGACAGUGACACUCCGGUGAUUUUAUAUUCAUGCUUUGUAAGGAUUAAAAGAGGUAGAUAAUCAAUAUAUGCUCUUUUUUCUUUCUUUU